AUGGAUGGCCGAGACUUCGGGCCCCCGCGGUCCGGGCCCGGCGCCCCGCCGCCGCUGCUGUCCGGCCUGGCCAUGGACGGCCACCGCGUGGGCGCGGCCGCCGCCGGACGCCUGCCCGCCUCGGGCCUGCCGGGCCCGCUGCCGCCCGGGAAGUUCAUGGCCGGCCUCAACCUGCACCCGCACCCCGGCGAGGCGUUCCUGGGCAGCUUCGUGGCCGGCGGGGUGGGGCCCUCCGCCUCAUCCCACGGGAGCCCGGUGCCCCUGCCCUCCGACCUCUCCUUCCGCUCCCCCACCCCCAGCAGCCUGCCCAUGGUGCAGCUGUGGGCCACCCACGCCCAUGAAGGCUUCUCCCACCUGCCCGGCGGACUGUACCCGUCCUACCUCCACCUGAACCACCUGGAGCCCCCCAGCAGCGGGAGCCCCCUCCUCAGCCAGCUGGGCCAGCCCAGCAUUUUCGACUCGCAGAAAGACGGCUUCUACCUGCCCGGCCCCGGCGCCCUGCACCCGCCGGCGCCCCCCGCCAGGACCGCCGGCCCCUCCGCGGGCGCCGCGGCCAAGGGCGCCCCGCGGGAGCGCGCGGCCCGGGAGCCGCCGCCGCUGCUCGGCCGGCGGGAGGCGCGCGCCCGGGAGGAGGCGGCGGCGCGCGGGGUGGUGGACCUGACGCAGGAGGCGCGCGACCGGCCGGACCGCGGGCACGCGCGCCUCGCCGAGCGCCUGUCGCCCUUCGUGGCCGAGCCCGGGCCGCGGGCCCCCGCCGACGCCAAGGGCAGGACCGCGCCGCCCGCCCCGGGCCUGUGCAAUGGCGGCGCCGACGCGCUGCCCGCGCUCCUGGCCGAGGCCGCCGCCCGCGGCGCCCGGGACGAGGCCGCGCGGCUGCGGCGCGCGGAGGCCCUGCUGCCCGGGCCGCGCCCCUGCCCGUCCCCGCUGCCCCCGCCGCCGGGCAAGGGCCCGCCCGCGCCCCCGGCCGCCGCCGCCGCCUUCGCCGCCUUCCCCGCGCCCGGCGGCCGCGAGCCGGGCCGCGAGCACCGCGUGGUGGCGCCCACCUUCGUGCCCUCCGUGGAGGCCUUCGACGAGCGCGCCGGGCCCAUCCAGAUCGCGUCCCAGGCGCGCGACGCCCGCGCCCGCGAGCGGGAGCGCGAGGCCGGCCGGCCCGGCGUCCUGCAGGCGCCGCCGGGCUCCCCGCGGCCGCCGCCCGACCGGCCCGACGCGCCGCGCGAGAAGAGCUCGGUGAUCCGCGCGCCGCGCCGCGCGCCGCCCGCCUCCCCGGACCCGCGCGCGCCCCUGGCGCCCAAGGAGCCCGAGGCCGAGCCGCGGCCCUGCGAGCGCGCCCCGCGCCCCGCCGCGCUCUUCGGCCUGGAGCCCGCGCGCCCGCCCGCGGCGCCCGAGCCCAAGUGGAAGCCCUUCGAGCUGGGCCCGUUCGCGGCCUCGCAGAUGGCGGCGCUGGCGGCGCAGCACCAGGCGGGCCGCGCCGAGGAGGACGCCGCCGCCCAGAAGGCCUUCCUGGACCCCGGGCGCCCCGAGGCCUCGGCCAUGCAGAGCCUCAUCCAGUACAGCGGCAGCUUCGCCCGCGAGGCCGCCCCGCGCGCCGCCGGCUGCGGCAAGAAGAGCCCCUUCGGCGGCCUGGGCACCAUGAAGCCCGAGCCCGCGCCCCCCGCCGCCGGCGCCCCGCGCGCCCCCGCCCGCCCCGCGCCCCCCGCGGGCCCCGCGCCCGCCGCCGGCCGCCAGCUCAAGCGGGACCCCGAGAGGCCCGAGAGCGCCAAGGCCUUCGGGCGCGAGGGCGCCGGCGCGCAGGGCGAGGCCGAGGUGCGCCACCCGCCCGUGGGCAUCGCCGUGGCCGUGGCCCGGCAGAAGGACAGCGGCAGCGGCCGGCUGGGGCCGGGGCUGGCGGACCAGGAGCGCUCCCUGUCUCUGGGCAACGUGAAAGGGCACGGCCGGGCGGACGAGGACUGCGCGGAUGAUCGCGGCCGGCACCGUGAGGAGCGGCUGCUGGGGGCGCGGCUGGACCGGGACCAGGAGAAGCUGCUGAGAGAAAGCAAAGAGCUGGCCGACCUGGCCCGGCUGCACCCCUCCGGCUGUGCCGCGAACGGCCUGAACCCCAACCUCAUGGUGACCGGGGGCCCGGCGCUGGCAGGCUCCGGCCGCUGGUCCGCCGACCCCGCCGCCCACCUGGCCACGCACCCCUGGCUGCCCCGGUCCAGCAGCACGUCCAUGUGGCUGGCCGGACACCCCUACGGCUUGGCCCCCCCAUCUCUGCACCAGGGCAUGGCGCCCGCCUUCCCGCCCGGCCUGGGGGGCUCCCUGCCCUCAGCCUACCAGUUCGUCAGGGACCCCCAGUCCGGCCAGCUGGUGGUGGUCCCCAGCGACCACCUGCCUCACCUGGCGGAGCUGAUGGAGCGGGCCGCGGUGCCGCCCCUCUGGCCCGCCCUGUACCCCCCGGGCCGCAGCUCCCUGCACCACGCCCAGCAGCUGCAGCUCUUCUCCCAGCAGCACUUCCUGCGGCAGCAGGAGCUCCUGUACCUGCAGCAGCAGGCAGCCCAGGCGCUGGAGCUGCAGCGGAGCGCCCAGCUGGUGCAGGAGCGGCUGAAGGCCCAGGAGCACCGGGCGGAGAUGGAGGAGAAGGUCAGCAAGCGGAGCCUGGAGGCCGCGGGGAAGGCCGGCCUGGCCGCUGCGGGCCCCGGGCUGCUGCCCCGGAAGCCGCCCGGCCUGGCCCCGGGCCCCGCGGGCACGUACGGCAAGGCCGUGAGCCCCCCGCCGUCGCCCCGCGCCUCCCCGGUGGCCGCCCUGAAGGCCAAGGUCAUCCAGAAGCUGGAGGACGUGACCAAGCCGCCGCCCGCCUACGCCUACCCCGCCACGCCCAGCUCCCACCCCAGCAGCCCGCCGCCCGCCUCCCCGCCGCCCGCGCCCGGCAUCGCCCGCAAGGAGGAGGCGCCCGAGAACGUGGUGGAGAAGAAGGACCUGGAGCUGGAGAAGGACGCCGCCAGCCCCUUCCAGGCCUUGUUCUCAGACAUCCCGCCCCGGUACCCGUUCCCGGCGCUGCCGCCGCACUACGGGAGGCCCUACCCGUUCCUGCUGCAGCCCACCGCGGCCGCCGACGCCGACGGCCUGGCGCCCGACGUGCCGCUGCCGGCCGGCGGGCCCGAGCGCCUGGCACUGUCGCCCGAGGACAAGCCCCUCCGCCUGCCGCCCUCAGAGCUCCCGGCGCCGCUGCGGGAGGACCCCGCCGCCGAGCCGCUGGCCGAGCGGGAGGUGAAGGCGGAGGUGGAGGACGUGGACGAGGGCCCCGCGCAGCUGCCCGCCCUGGAGUCGCCGUUGGCACUGCGCCCCGAGGAGGCCCUGGCGGCCCCGAGCCCGGAGGGCGGCCGUGGAGGCGGCCUGCUGGACGCUCAGGCGCUGGGCGCCGGGGGGCAGGGCGGCGCGGAGCCCUCGGGGGGCCUGGACUUCGCCGAGGGGGCCGAUGCGCCCAUGGACUCGCCAGGUCGGACGGCAUCCUGCACGGCCGUCCCGGACUUGGGGGGCCGGCUCACCCCAGAGAUGCUGGUCGAGGCUAAGGAGGAGCCCGUGGAGGUGCCCGUGGACGUGCCCAUGGCCGUGGCCGUGGCGGAGGCAGUGCCCGAGGAAGACCUGGCCCAGGCAGCUCCCAGCGAGCCCCAGCCCAGCCUGGAGCUGGGUGACUGUGACAUGCCGCCCGGGGAGGGCCCAUGUCUGGGCCUGGAGGCCCUGGAGGCCCAGGAGGCGGCACCGGAGCCCGGCAGCGCCUGCUUCCCGGAAGAGGAGGGCUCCGACCGGUUCCCGCCCGGCCUGGAGGACCCGCUGGCUGGCAUGAACGUCCUGGCGGCGGCCGCGGAGCUGCCCCAGGCCCGGCCCCUGCCCUCCCCGGGUGCCGGAGCCCAGGCCCUGGAGCAGCUGGAGGCGGCGCAGAGCCUGGCGCUGGAGCAGAGCUUCCUGCACGGCAUCACCCUGCUGAGCGAGAUCGCUGAGCUGGAGCUGGAGCGGAGGAGCCAGGACGGCACCGGUGCGGAGCGGGGCCUGGCGGUGCGGCCCUCGCUGGAGAGCCUGCUGGCGGCCAGCAGCCACAUGCUCAAGGAGGUGCUGGACAGCCCCUUCGUGGACCCGCUCAAGAGCCUGCGGCUGCCGCGGGAGCUGAACCCCAACAAGAAGUACAGCUGGAUGCAGAAGAAGGAGGAGCGGAUGUUCGCCAUGAAGUCCUCCCUGGAGCACAUGGACGCCAUGGAGCUGGACUUCCGCAUGCGGCUGGCCGAGGUGCAGCGGCAGUACAAGGAGAAGCAGCGGGAGCUGGUGAAGCUGCAGCGGCGCCGGGAGUCUGAGGACAGGCUCGAGGAACCCCAUAGAAGCUUGGCACGCAGAGGCCCUGGCAGGCCGCGGAAACGGACCCACGCCCUGAGCGCCCUGUCGCCCCCUCGCAAGAGAGGGAAGAGCCGCAACAGUAGCGGAAAGCUGAGCAGCAAGCCCCUGCUGGCAUCGGAGGCCUUCGAGCUGGGAGCGGGCGUGAGGAAGAGGCACAAGGGGCCUGAGGAGGAACACGACGCCCUCGUGGGAACCGGGAAAGCAAGGGGGCGGAGCCAGCCUUGGGACGAGCACGAAGCGCCAUCGGACUUCCUGAGUCAGCUGAAGAUUAAGAAGAAGAAGAUGGCCAGCGACCAGGAGCAGUUGGCAAGCAAGCUGGACAAGGCCCUGUCCCUCACCAGGCAGGACAAGCUGAAGUCCCCCUUCAAGUUCUCGGACAGUUGUGGGGGGAAGGCCAAGCCGGGCGGGGGCUGCGGCCGGUACCUGACGCCCUACGAGAGCCUGCUGGGCAAGGACAGGAGGGCGCUGGCCAAAGGCCUCGGCCUGUCGCUCAAAGCCUCCCGAGAAGGUAAACACAAACGGGCCUCCAGAGCCAGGAAGAUGGAGGCGGGCUUCAAGGCCCGGGGCCAGCCCAAGUCGGCCCACUCCCCGUUCGCCUCGGAAGUGAGCAGUUACUCCUACAAUACUGACUCGGAGGAGGAGGAGGAGGAGGAGUUCCUGAAGGAUGAGUGGGCCGCCCAGGGCCCCUCCGGCUCCAAGCUGACGUCCUCCCUGCUGUGCGGCAUGGUGGCCAAGAGCGGCCCACCGGCCGGGGGCCCCACGCUGCCCAAGCGGGGCCUGGCGGCCGCCCGGACUCUGAAGCCCAAGCUGGCGGGCAGGAAGCAGCCGUUCUGCUUGCUGCUCCAGGAGGUCGAGGCCCGCUCCUCCUUCAGCGAUUCGUCGGAGGACUCGUUUGACCAAGAUGAGAGCUCCGAGGACGAGGGCGAGGACAAGCUGGAGGACGAGGAGGACGAGGCCGGAGGCUACAGGCUGGGGGCCCGGGAGCGAGCCCUGUCUCCGGGCCUGGAGGAGAGUGGGCUGGGCCUGCUGGCCCGCUUCGCCGCCAGCGCCCUGCCCAGCCCCACGGUGGCGCCGUCGCUGUCGGUGGUGCAGCUGGAGGCCAAGCAGAAGGCGCGGAAGAAGGAGGAGCGACAGAGCCUGAUGGGUACGGAGUUCGAGUACACGGACUCGGAGAGCGAGGUGAAGGUGCGGAAGCGCUCGCCCAAGAAGGGUCUGGGGGAGCCGGGCCCCUCCCUGGCGCCGCCCGGGCCCCGGGGCCCCGGCCCCGCCAGCCCCGGCAAGGCCAAGGCGGCGGCUGAGAAGGGGCGCAAGGCCCGCCGGCUGCGCGGCCCCCGGGAGCCGGGCUUCGAGGCGGGGCCCGAGGCCAGCGACGACGACCUGUGGACAAGGCGGCGCAGCGAGCGCAUCUUCCUGCACGACGCCCUGCCCGCCGCCCCGCCCCGCGCCGCGCCCCCCGCCAAGCCCCGCGGCGCCCGGGCCGGCCCGCCCAGCCCCCGCAAGGACGCGGCCCGCGCCCGCGACCGGAAGGACCCCCGGAAGAAGAAGAAAGGGAAGGAGGCGACCCCUGCAGCCGCCCUGCCCCCGCCCCGCACGCCCGUCCUGCCCCCCGAGGCCCGGGCCCCGCACGCCGGCUCCCCGGCCGCCUCCGCCAAGAGGAGCAAGGCCAAGGCCAAGGGGAAGGAGGUGAAGAAGGAGACCCGGGGCAAGGGCGGGGCGGUGAGCAAGCUGAUGGAGAGCAUGGCCGCCGAAGAGGACUUCGAGCCCAACCAGGACUCCAGCUUCUCCGAGGACGAGCACCUGCCGCGCGGCGGCGCCCUGGAGCGGCCGCUGACGCCGGCCCCGCGCUCCUGCAUCAUCGACAAGGACGAGCUGAAGGACGGUCUGCGCGUGCUCAUCCCCAUGGACGACAAGCUGCUGUACGCCGGGCACGUGCAGACCGUGCACUCGCCCGACAUAUACCGAGUGGUGGUGGAGGGGGAACGCGGGAACCGGCCCCACAUCUACUGCCUGGAGCAGCUGCUGCAGGAGGCGAUCAUCGACGUGCGGCCGGCCUCCACACGCUACCUGCCGCAAGGGACCAGGAUCGCGGCGUACUGGAGCCAGCAGUACCGGUGCCUGUACCCGGGCACCGUGGUCCGAGGCUUGCUGGGCCUCGAGGACGACGGGGACCUCAUCACUGUGGAGUUCGACGAUGGAGACACAGGGAGGAUCCCGCUCUCUCACAUCCGCCUCCUGCCUCCCGACUACAAGAUCCAGUGUGCUGAGCCAUCCCCGGCCUUGCUAGUGCCCAGUGCCAAGCGCCGCAGCCGGAAGACCAGCAAAGACACCGGGGACGGCAAAGACGGGGGUGCACCCGGGUCUGAGGAGCCGGGGACCAAGGCGCGAGGGCGCGGGCGGAAACCCAGCACCAAAGCCAAGGGUGACAGAGCCGCCGCCCUGGAGGAGGGGGGCCCCGCGGCGGAGGCUCCCGGCGCCCCGCUGGCCCUGGAGCCAGUCAGCACCCCGGGCUCCAAGAAGAGCCCCCCAGAGCCUGCGGACAAGCGGACCAAAGCCCCCAAGGCUCGCCCAGCGGCCCCCCAGCCCGGCCCCGCGCCGCCCCCCUUCCCCAGCUGCCCGGCUGCCGAGCCCUUCGGGGAGCUGCCGGCCCCCGGCCCGGCCCUGGCGCCCGCCCCCCUGGCCGCCGGGCCCGUCACCAUGCCCGCCACCCGCCCCAAGCCCAAGAAGGCCCGGGCCGCCGAGGAGGCGGCCGGCAAGGGCGCCCGCAGGCCCGGGGAGGAGGCCGAGCUGCUGGUCAAGCUGGACCGCGAGGGCGUCAUGUCCCCCAAGAGCAAGAAGGCCAAGGAGGCGCUGCUGCUGCAGCGCGCAGAGCCGGCCGGGCGCCCCGACACGGGCCGCCUGGGGCUGGGCGGCUGCGCCCCGGCCGCCGGCGAGCCCCAGGCCCGGCCCCAGGCCGGGGACGGCGGCCUGGCCCAGGAGCCGGGCGCGGGGCUCCCGUUCGAGGACUCGGGGGUCCCCAAGAGCCCGGACAAGGCCCAGGCGGAGCAGGACGGGGCCGAGGAGUCCGAGAGCAGCAGCAGCAGCAGCAGCAGCGACAGCGGCAGCGGGAGCAGCUCAGAGACGGAGGGCGAGGAGGAUGGCCAGGCCGGCGGCCGCGGCUGCACCGCCUCCAGCUCCAGGGCCUCCUCCUCCUCCUCCUCUUCCUCCUCCUCCUCUUCCUCCUCCUCCUCCUCCUCAUCUUCCUCCUCCUCCUCCUCCUCCUCCUCCUCCUCCUCGUCGUCAUCAUCGUCCUCAUCGUCGUCCUCAUCGUCCUCAUCGUCGUCCUCGUCGUCCUCGUCGUCCUCCACCACGGACGAGUCUUCCUGCAGCUCCGACGAGGAGGCGGCCCCCGCCCCCGCCGCCGGCCCCGCGCUCCCCGGCAAGGCACCCAAGCCGGCCGGCAAGGCGCGCCCCUCGGCCCACUCCCCCGGCAAGAAGGCACCGGCGCCCCCGCCCCAGGCGCCCCCGCCGCAGCCCCCGCCGCCCCCGCCGCCCAAGGCUCAGGCCGGGCCCGGGGCCAAGAGCCGCCCCAAGAAGAGGGAGGGCGUCCACCUCCCCACCACCAAGGAGCUGGCCAAGCGGCAGCGCCUGCCCUCCGUGGAGAACCGGCCCAAGAUCGCCGCCUUCCUGCCGGCCCGGCAGCUCUGGAAGUGGUUCGGCAAGCCCACCCAGCGCCGUGGCAUGAAGGGCAAGGCCCGCAAGCUGUUCUACAAGGCCAUCGUGCGGGGCAAGGAGACCAUCCGCAUCGGCGACUGCGCCGUGUUCCUGUCGGCCGGCCGCCCCAACCUGCCCUACAUCGGCCGCAUCCAGAGCCUGUGGGAGUCCUGGGGCAGCAACAUGGUGGUGCGCGUCAAGUGGUUCUACCACCCCGAGGAGACCAGCCCCGGCCGGAGCCUGCACGAGGGCCAGCACUGGGACCCCAAGUCUGGCCGCAGCCUCCCGGCCGCGCUGCGGGCCUCCAGCCAGAGGAAGGACUUCAUGGAGCGCGCGCUGUACCAGUCCUCGCACGUGGACGAGAAUGACGUGCAGACGGUGUCGCACAAGUGCCUGGUGGUGGGCCUGGAGCAGUACGAGCAGAUGCUCAAGACCAAGAAGCACCAGGACAGCGAGGGCCUGUACUACCUGGCCGGCACCUACGAGCCCACCACCGGCAUGAUCUUCUCCACGGACGGCGUGCCCGUGCUCUGCUGA